CACCAGGGUCGGCGGGAGCUGCUGCUCGCAGAGACAGAGACAGCGGUGGCACGGAAGCGGUGUUGCCCGGCAGCUGCCUGCCCUCCACCUGCCGUGCCAGAGCUGCCACGGUGCCCGGCCCUCGGCUAAGGCACGGCAUCGUGCGGUGCGGCAUUCCCCGCGCUCGCUGUCCCGGCCGGCGCUGGGAUGCGGCUCACAGUGCCGGCAGCGGGGAGGGAGACAGGGAAGGAGAGCGGGAGCUGUCAGCCGGGAUGCGCGAUGGGAAUGGGUGGAGAUGAGGGUGAAAGCUCGUGAGGCAGGAAUAGGUGAUGAAGACCUCGGGAGGAGCAAUCCCAGGGCACUGUCUUUCCCUCUCUCUUCAGCCUGAGGUCCCGGCGCGGAGCCAGCCGGGGCCGGCGGGGUCUCGGGGCGGGCAGCAGCUCCCAGCUAGUGCGGCGGAGAGCGGAGCGUUCCCGCGGGAUGCUCCCUUUCCCUUCCUCUCCCGUCCCUCCCAACAAGCGCUGCCGUGAUUUGGCAGCCGCUCGGACUCUGGACCAGCCUCUCCGCCCCGCAUUGGCUGCCGCGGCCGGUGCCGCCGGGGCUCUGGGGGACACCGGAGGCAGCGGCUGGCGGCUCUCACCGGGACCAUGAAGCUGCUGUGGCUGGGCGUGGAUGUCUCCAGGGUCCUGCACCUGGCCGCCGUGUUCUGCCUGACCUGCGUGCUGCUGAAAGCCAUCCAGCUGUUCCACCGGCGGCGGGAGCUGCUGCGGGCGCUGGCCGACUUCCCCGGGCACCCGACCCACUGGCUCUUCGGCCACGUCCACGAGUUUCUCAAGGAGGAAGAGGUGCUGGACAAGGCAGAGCUCUGGACCCAGAAGUACCCACUUGCUCACCCUAUGUGGUUUGGGAGUUUCUCAGCAUUCCUGGUUAUCACUGAUCCCGACUAUGCCAAGGUUCUCUUGGGCAGAGGAGAUCCCAAGGAUAACAUCAGUUAUAAACAUCUUGUCCCAUGGAUUGGGAAUGGGUUGCUGAUCUUACAUGGGCCCAAGUGGCACCAACACAGAAAACUCCUGACCCCAGGGUUUCACUACGACGUCUUGAAGCCAUACGUGGCCCUGAUGGCGGAAUCUACAAAUGUGAUGCUGGAUAAGUGGGACAAGCUGAUAGCAGAUGGGAAGCCAGUGGAGCUCUUUGAGCACGUCAGCUUGAUGACUCUCGAUAGCAUCAUGAAAUGUGCCUUCAGUUUUCACAGCGACUGCCAGACCAACAGGAAAAACACCUACAUCCAGGCUGUCUACGACCUCUGCCACAUGGUGGACCAGCGCCUCCGCAUCUUCCCCUACCACAAUGACAUCAUUUACUGGCUCAGCCCUCAUGGAUUUCAGUUCAGGAAGGCCUGCAGGAUCGCUCAUGACCACACAGACAAGGUGAUCCAGGAGCGAAAGGAAUCCCUUAAAGAUGAACGGGAAUUUGAAAAGAUUCAGAAGAAGAGACAUUUGGACUUCUUGGACAUUCUGCUGUGUGCCAAAGAUGAGAAUGGAGCUGCACUGUCUGAUGAGGACCUGCGUGCUGAGGUGGACACCUUCAUGUUUGAGGGCCACGACACGACAGCCAGUGGCAUCUCCUGGCUCUUCUACUGCCUGGCAACCCACCCUGAGCACCAGCAACGCUGCAGGGAGGAGAUCCAGGGCAUCCUGGGGGACCGAGAGACAAUCCGGUGGGAGGACCUGGGCAAGAUGCCUUACAGCACCAUGUGCAUCAAGGAGAGCCUGCGCCUCUACCCGCCCGUGCCUGGUGUGUCCCGGCAGCUCAGCAAGCCCAUCACCUUCCCCGAUGGACGCACCCUGCCCGAAGGCAGCGUCACUGCAAUAAGCAUUUACCUCAUUCACAGAAACCCUAAAGUAUGGAAAGAUCCUUUGGUGUUUGACCCUCUGCGUUUUUCCCCAGAGAAUGUCUCUGGCAGGCACUCUCAUGCCUUUCUGCCUUUUUCUGCUGGAAUGAGGAACUGCAUCGGGCAGCAGUUUGCCAUGAACGAGAUGAAGGUGGCGCUGGCUCUGACCCUGCUGCGCUUCGAGCUCUUGCCCGACCCUGCCACGCCUCCCCUCAAAAUAACUCGGAUCAUCCUUCGCUCCAAGAACGGGAUCCACCUGUAUUUAAAGAAGAUCCGCUGAUGCUGGCAGACAUCCUGCCUUCACCAGAGGGAGGGACCGAGCAGAUGACGGGGCAGCGUUUCCCUGGGGUCGAAGCGCAGGGCAGGAUUUGGGGAUGAGGAUUCCUGAUUUCAUCCACCAGCUGAAAGCCCUUCUCAGGCGAGGCCCAGGUGGCUGGGAUGCCAUUGCACAGAGCCAUCUGCUCCAGGGCACUGAUCUGAGAGCAGCCAGGCUCGGCCACGCUGUCUGUCCUCUUGCGCUGCCAUAAGAGCGGGCCUGGCCUGGUCUGGGAACAUCUGCAGGUCCCACCAGCCUCCUUCUUACCAAAUCCUGCCUUCGCACUCGUGCCCUGGCCAAAUCUGUGACCAUUUCCAGCCCUGCUCCGUCAUCAGCACCUUCCUCAGUGCCUGGAGGUCAGCCCUCCUCUCCUGCAGUGGGGACAGCUGUGACAGACCUCUGUCUCACUUCUCACACUCAGUGGGCCUCUGAUUUGUUGAAAGCACUGAUUCCAGUUUGGGCUCUGAAAUCGUGCCCAAAUUGCAAAAUACUCUGUAAUUUUUGUCUUAAUAAACCAAUAAUUUUU